GCUGGGAAACGUGCGGUGUUUCCGAUAAAAGGGGGGGUGAGGUGAUGGGGCGGGGUGUGUGUUGGUAAAUGGCGGUAAUGGGAGGGAAGUUCUGCUGUCCAGAGAGUCGCACAGCAGCUGUGUGUCUGGGGAGCGGUGAGGGCUUUCGCAGCUAUGCUAGCUUAUUAGAAACGUAGCAUCAAUUGUGUUUAUUUUUCACUUAAUUGCUGUGAUUUUGUAUGUAUUGUAUAUCUUAUAAAGCUGGCUGCCCACUCGUGCCUGCCCACAGGCCAGAGCCAGGGCUCAGAGCCCGGGAGCCACUGGAGGAGGAGGCAGUGGCCUCCUGCCGGGACAGAGGCUGGACAGGGAAGGUCACCUUUACCACCUGACACAAGGGUAAACAGCUGGAAAGAAUCCGCAGGGAAGAGCAACAAGGCAGGAAAACAGUGAAGUGAAGGCUCUAGAAACUGGGUUUCUGCAGUCUAGACACAGAAUAGCAAAGCUGAGGAAAUAGCUUGUAUUAGAUUUGUAUUAACAUAAAUGAGGACUUUGACUCUUUUUCCUGGUGUGCAUAUCUGUGGGAGAGAAUGAGAAAAAACUGACUUUGUAGCGAGAAACUCUUACAGACCAGAGGCGGAACAGGCACCAGGCAAUCUUCUAAACUGGACUUAAUUUUUUUUAAUACCUGAGGUGAAUAUUUGUCACAUACUGUCCUAGCUGGUUCUGAGCAUCUCAGAUAUUCUCUUCAUGGUUUUCUGCUUCUGCCAGGUGUAGCUGAAGAAAAAUCAGAGAGAUAAAUGCAUAUGCAUAACAAAUAAUGGAGUGUCUAAUUAGAUGUCAUACAUAUUUAAAAAAUCUUUUGAUAAACAACAGCAUUCGUUAAGAUUAAAGAUGAAGAUUUAAAAAAAGAAACCCUCAACAAUCAUUAACAUAUUGAAGAGGUAACAGACGACAAAGUUGUUUUUUGAAACGAGAAUGACAGCUUUAACAGCUCUAAAUACUCACUGGAAAUUUGACGUUUCCAUAAAUUUAAAUUUAUUUUGCUUGGACUAAGUGCUGGCGAACAAGUGUGGAUUUUCCUUCCACCUGACCUGCCUGUUGGCGUGUUCCAUGAAACUGAUACCUGUGGCGGCACAUUUGUUGUCCUGACUAUAGAAGGACUGCACUAUACAAGGGCUGCACAGCUGUGUGAUAUUUAAUGUGAUAAAGCAGAACGGACUUCACCUGCGCUAACAGGGGAACUUGUCUGGGAGAGCUACGAGUGGAAAUGGUUGGAAAUCAGAGCAGCAGGAUGGCGCUCCAUCCCCUCUCAUCCCUGUGAGCAGGGGCUGCCUUUGCUGGGCGCUCGCCUAACCACGGCAGAGCUGCCCCGCGGGCUCUGGUGUGUGAAGGGCUCUGUUUUGUGAAGGGCUCUGCAGACGGCGACAGGCCGAGCCGAGAGGAUCUGUCCGAUUGUUGUGGAAGAUCUCAAAGGUUUAGUCUUUGAUGGAAAUUGAGAUUAUCUAUAGCGGCUUAGUUAACAUGAAGAUGGAGGACUAUGAAAUAUUCUGUAAGAAGCAUCUUUCCAGAAUCCAAGAAGAGGCAAUACAAGGAGAAACUUCUUUUACUGUUCAGCACAAAAAUAUCUCCCUCAUUCAUUUCUAUGGAGUCCCUGUUCUUUCUCCUCUGCUUAGCCUUGAAAAGAAAAAGGAAAUACAGCAAUAUAAGGAGAAAGCAUUGGACCUGGAGACCAGGAAACGGAACUGCCGGAACAGAGCUUUGCUGAAUCGCGUUCAGGAGAUUGUAGAAAAUGUCCAGAUGAAGAAGGGACUUAACAUGAGUGAUGUGAACGCACAGGAGGCUGAGAAUUCUUGCCCUGACUCAGAUUCAAAAGCUUUGACUGACUUCACAGCUCUAUCAGAUGUCAGUGUGGCAUGUUCUCCCGAAAGACACCGUUCCACGGACCUGGAAAAGACACCAGAACUUGCACCAUCAGGUACUGCAGGGCAGAGGACAUCACAUGUGACAGAAGUAGUUAAAGCAACAGAAGAAAACAUUUCUUCAAAGCAAAGUGAGAGUCGCUUCUUGAAAGAUGUCCCUUGUCCAAGGGCUGCCUCUCCUGACAAACUGUGCCACAAGCUCACGUCACACACUCUGCAAAAGCAAGAGGGACGAGCGGGGUCGCCGUCAGAUGAGGAUGUCCAAGAUCCAUGUGUAAUGAGUCUUCAGAACCUGAUAAAGAAAUCCAGGGAGUACAUAGAGAGAGAGCAAAGCAAGCGUGCCUCAAAAGGCAGUUCAAAGAGGAGCACGAGUGAAAGUCAUUCAGAUAAAGAAAAUGACAGUGUUAAAACCACCGACUCUGCGAAGGAAAGAGCAAAGCUUACAGGCAGGAGUUGCACUGCUCAGACACUUGAUAAACCCAGUCUUAAUAAAUCAAAUACCCUUCUCCAAGGUGCCUCUACGCAGACAAAUAACACAAGUAUGUCCUCUUUAUCCAGUUUUUCUAAAGUGGACAUACCUACGAGAGUUGGAACGCCCCCUGUGGUGGAUUCAGAUUCAGACGAAGAAUUUAAAAAGAAUUCUGUGUUUGAACGUGACAGUAGCAUUGUCAGGAGCCUCACAGGCUCCUAUGCCAAAUUGCCAAGCCCAGAGCCAAGCAUGAGCCCUAAAAUGCACCGACGGCGCCCGAGACCUUUAUCAAUGGGACACAUCAUUAUAAAUAACCCUGUGAAUGCCUACGAGUUAAGUCCUAAAGGCAAGGGUAGAGCCAUGGAUUUAAUCAUGCAAGAUAUUGCAGAUAAAAAUAAUGUGUCCGAAUCAGUGCCAAAGUUCAUGGUGGACUUCAAUAUGGUUUGCCCUGGCAGAGUUCCUGGUGUCAACAGGAAUUCUUCGGGCCCUUGUGAUGGGUUGGGGGUUGGCAAACCGAAUCGCCAUUCCUUUGGGCUCUGGGAAAGCAAAGGAAUGGUGUCGGCUACCGUGGAAGGACAGGUGGUGUUGGACAGCAGAGGGCCAUAUAGAGUAGAGACCAGUACUAAUAUCAUAGCUCCAAAACUGACUGAGCCGUGUGCCGUCAGCCAGUCUGCAGUAACACAGAAGAUCCCAGCUGGGAAUGAAGUGAAAGCGCCUGUUUUGCCAGAAAACACCAAAUCUAAUUCCGCGGUGGAACUCAAUAAAUCUUACGAUGUCGAAAACCCGUCUCCGCUGCUAAUGCAGAGCAAGAAUGUGCAACAGCAGGUGGAUACUCCAAAUGUUUCCCCGGCACAUGAGCAGGUUCCAGAAAAUUUUGAAAAGGUAAAACGUAGACUUGAUCUGGACGCCAACAACUGCCAAACAGAAACCAGUUCCUGUGUUCUGAGAGUUGGAAUGGAAGAACCAGAGAAGCAGUGGUUGCAAGAACAGAAAUAUCCCAUGGAAUCAGUUUACAUUACCCCUGAAAGUAUGGCAAAAGAAGAUAUUUUGAAAACUAAAAUGUUGGCCUUUGAAGAAAUGAGAAAGAGACUUGAAGAACAGCAUGCACAACAACUGUCCAUUCUGAUAGCUGAACAAGAGAGAGAACAGGAGAAAUUGCAGAAGGAACUGGAAGAGCAGGAGAGAAAGUUAAAAGGAAAGAAGGUUACUACAACGGAAAUAGAGAUUUCCAAAGUGAAUAUUAACAGUAGGAUGGAGUUGGAGUGGAGGAAAAAAAGUGAAAGUGGCUUGCUGGAAAGUGUGCAGUCUCAGCUGGAGACAGUCCAUAACACAGACUCCACCAGCAUUGGUUUUGCUCAUACAACACCCAACACCUUUUCUUCGACAAGUGAAACUUCAUUUUUUCUCUGGGGACCAUCAGGUAGUGGAGUCAUAAAAACCUCAGUAUCCAGGCCAACUAAUAGAAUCAAAACUAGGUGGUCUCAGGUUCUCAGUCCAGAGAUACAAAUGAAGUUUGAUAAGAUCACUGCUGUGGCAAAGGGAUUUCUCACUCGUAGACUCCUGCAGACAGAAAAACUGAAACAUCUUAAGCAAACUGUAAAAGAUACUGUGGAGUUCAUAAAAAAUUUUCAGUCUGAAGCCCCAUUAAAAAGGGGAAGUGUGUCAGCACAAGAUGCAUCCCUUCAUGAAAGAGUAAUGGCUCAGCUGCGAGCUGCUCUGUAUGACAUCCAUGACAUCUUUUUUACAAUGGAUGCAUCAGAAAGGAUGAAUAUUCUGCGUCACGAUCGUGAAGUUCGGAAAGAGAAGAUGCUCAGGCAAAUGGAUAAAGUAAAGAGCCCAAGAGAGCGAGUGACACUUUCAACAGCUACACAGAAAUCUCUGGACAGGAAGAAGUACAUGAAGGCUUCAGAAAUGGGAAUACCAAGUAAAAAAAUAAUCAUAAAACAAAAAACUCCUGAAAGCCGCAUACUUCAACCAAACCAAGGACAGAAUGCCCCAGUUCAUAGACUGCUUUGCAGACAAGGAACCUUUAAGACCUCAGUGAAUGGGGUUGAGCAAAAUAGAAAGAAGGCCUCAGAGAGCAGAGUGUCUAACAAGGCCCUUUCAGAUACUACUUCGUGAAGUCAAGAGAAGUGGCUACAGAAGGAUGUAUAGUAAGGCAGAGCAUAUGCAGGAAGAACCCAAAGAAAGAAGCCAAAUGUUGUGACAAUUUAAGAAGACAGCACUCACUGGGAUAAACUGACUGUUUUUUACUGAUGGCAUUCUCAGCACUGAUUUUAAAUAUUGCAUCUUCUUUACGUAUAUGUAUAUUUAGAAAUUAUAAACCUACUUUGUCAUUUUCAGAUGACACAUUAAUACAAUCAUAUUGAAGUAAUAAAGGACUUUGAAGUUCUAAUACUUGUGGAAAAAUUGCAUGUUAGAACUUAUUAUAUGUUAAUACUAGUGUGUACACAUUCAUAGUCUUGUUUAUUUAAAGAUGACCACAGGGCAGCAUGAAGGUAAUUUGUGACUUUUUCACACUUUCUAAUUCUUGUGUCUGAUAUAUGCUUUUUGCAUUGCUUAAAAUUGCAAUUUCUGUGUAUGAUUGCUACCACAAGUAAGUCAUAGGUAUAUAUUUAGUUUUGUACCAUAAAGUUAAAACAGCUAAAUGGGAAAAAAACCUCCAAACUUAAAAGUGAACUCUCACAUCAGUGAAUUUGUCACCAGCCAUUUUGAAUGUACUUUCUGUAUGAAUGAGAUUUACUUCAAUUGCAGUACUAAUGACCUAAAAUGUUUGCAUUUCUGCUAAGCCAGAGAGACAUGGAUCCAGAUUCAGUGCUGGGCAGAUGGACCUACUUUCAUUGACUAAACCAAAACUGUGCAUUUAUACUUGUGAUAGAUCAAAUCACCACCACCAAGAGUCCUGGGAUUUUUUUACCCUGAUGUCUACUGCAUUUUCUUAUGGAAACAACAUUUGGCCACGAUGGAGACAUGUAUGUAUGUUCUACAAAAACUCAAGAAGGCAAGACUUUAAUUGUUUUACUGUUUCAGACUGAAAUAGUAAUUUCAGUCCAUAAUAGUAAUUUGGAUAUGUUACAUUUCAUUGAUGACAGUUGCAAUUUUUCCUAAGCAAUUUCUCUUCUACCGUGAUCUAACAGGCCCUUGUGCUGAAUUCAUGAUUUGGGGGAAUGGGGAAUCCCUACCAAAUCUUAACGAAAUCUUUCAUAUUUAUGAAUAUCUAACGUUAAAUGAUCAUGCUCAUGUUUUACCUUGGUCUUCAAACUGAUUGGUAUUAUCCAUCAACUUGAGGGGAGCAUAAUUCUAUACCUGCUUUUAAUGAACUUGAGACAUGAGGUUGAUAGUUUUAGAGAGAAAAGCUCUGCUUGUGUAACCUCAGUAGUAGAGAACUGAGUGCCGGAAUGUGAAAUAGGUUAUAUUUUGUUAUUUCCCAGUGUUGAUAUAACAUACUAACUUUGGAGGCUUUGUAACGUGUUGACAUGGAUAUAAGAGAAAAAAGACUGAAAAUUUCAUUGUAUUAAAUAGUCAACAUGAAAGAGGAACAUGGUGAGCAUGGUGAGACGAGGAUGGUAUCUUCAUGGGUAGUGAUGAGUGGUUCGCUUGCUUGUGGCACCAGUUAUAGCUUUUAUCUGCCACCAAGUCUGUCCUCUGCAGAUAGUGACAUUGUUCAAAACAGGUGUGUUAUACUAUGCAGUAAGUUACCCAAAUUGUGUACUUGGAAAAUGGCAAAAAUGCUGCCCAAGCACUUUGAAGAAUGACACUGCUCAGUGACUCUCUGCUGUGGUGUUUAUUUGAAAGCCUGGAGCAGGAGGCUCCCCUAAUGGUGUAAAUUUUAAGUUUUCACCAGUGUAGGACCUGCCUCCUUUUUUCAAAUGCUGUGGUGCUUUAAAAUCUCAGUUGUAGUACAGAAAAUGCCCAAGGCAAGCUUCCUGCUCACCCAGUGGGCAUCACAGCCCUGUUUUGGUUCUCAGCUUUCCUUAGGAGUGAAAUACAUUGCAACAGGGGAAAAAUUAACAAUGGUAAGAGUAACCUGUGUCAUAGGAGACAAAAGGUGCUGUUGAUAUAGGAUUGAUGUUUUUAAAGAAUGUUUUAUGUGGUGUAUUUAUUAUUAGCAGAGGCACUAUGUUAAUGCACAAAUAGGUUUAGUGUGUUAGUAGAAAGGAAUGUUUGCUUUCUGCUUGGGUUUCACAUCUAAACUUCUUUGUCUUUAAGCAUGCUUCCACUGUAUUAAAGCACUGUAGCACAAGGUGGUUUUUUUUUUUUUGGUUCUUUUAACUUUCAUGAGGCCUUUCUCUUGGCAAGUGCCAGACUUUGGUUUUGUACCUGAUGUUUUGUAUUUAUACAUAUUUAUCUUUUUAUUUUGUGUGAAAUUGUGAUACCAUUACAAAAGUCUAUUUAUUUUUAUACUUUUAUUUCGUUUUUCACCAGUCUUUCUUUUUACUUAAAGCAUUCUGCACAAUAAACUUUGAAUCUUUAACAAGAA